GCACUGUCAAAACGAAACAAAAAAAGUCUGCAAACAAGCACACACAUCGUCAACGAUGUGUUUACAGUACCGCGUUGGUAAUAAGCCAUUAUUUGUUCAACCGAAUGGGAAAACGUCUGUGUGAGCAUUUGAAAGAAGAUCAGGAUCAAAGGAGCAGGAUCAGAAAUGCUAGCGAAGUAGUCCAACAUUCUCCCCGACAUGCAACCAGACCCGGGGAAAGGAUUGUGAUCCUGCUGCUUCUGCCAGCCAUAUCCCAAGCAGUUGCACCUGAUUCAUCCUAGCUAGUCAAAAUACAGAAUAAUAAUCAAGGAUUUUGUCAACAUUGAUGACCGUUUGGAAACUGGAGGGGGCAGCAGCAGCUAAUGCUUCACUUUGUUUAAUAUUCAGUCAGCGACAGAAUGAUAGAGGAGGGCAGUAAACGAGGCCAGGCCGUGGUGGAGAAGAGACAACUCUUCAUGGAGAUGAGGGCACAAAACUUUGACAUCAUCAGACUGUCAACCUAUAGGACGGCCUGCAAGCUAAGAUUCGUGCAGAAAAGGUGCAACCUGCACCUGGUGGAUGUGUGGAACAUGAUCGAGGCGUUCCGUGACAGCGGUCUGAACACGCUGGACCACAAUGCAGAGAUCAACGUGUCUAGACUGGAGACCAUCCUGUCCUCCAUCUACUACCAGCUCAACAAGCGUCUUCCCACCAUGCACCAGAUCAACGUAGAGCAGUCCAUUAGUCUGCUCCUCAACUUCAUGGUGGCCACAUACGACAGUGAAGGCCACGGGAAACUGACCAUUUUCUCGAUGAAGUCCAUGUUGGCGACUAUGUGUGGAGGGAAAAUAGUGGACAAACUACGUUAUAUCUUCUCGCAGAUCUCUGACUCUAAUGGUGUGAUGGUCUUUGCUAAGUUUGACCAGUUUCUUCGUGAAGUUCUGAAGCUGCCCACAGCUGUGUUCGAGGGCCCGUCGUUUGGAUACACAGAACACUCCGUACGGACAUGCUUCCCUCAGCAGAAGAAGAUCUUGCUGAACACGUUUUUGGACAUUUUGAUGGCAGAUCCGCCCCCCCAGUGUCUCGUAUGGUUACCUCUCAUGCACCGACUUGCUAAUGUUGAAAAUGUCUUCCAUCCCGUGGAAUGUUCUUAUUGCCGGAGUGAAAGUAUGAUGGGGUUCCGUUACCGGUGCCAACAGUGCCAUGGCUACCAACUCUGUCAGAGCUGCUUCUGGCGUGGCCAUGCCAAUGGUCCCCAUAGCAACCAGCAUCAGAUGAAGGAGCACUCCUCUUGGAAGUCUCCGGCUAAAAAACUGAGCCACGCCAUCAGUAAGUCUCUGGGCUGUGUCCCCAUUGGAGAGCUACCUCACCCUGUGUUCCCUGAGCAGUUAGAGAAACCACAGGACAGCAUGCCACACACUGUUCAGCCGAAGCCAGUAGCCAACAACGUGAACAACACAAUGCUCAUGUCCUCUGGCGUACCUACUCCUACUAAAAGUGUCUUAGAGAGUCCCAGCAGGCUAGACGAGGAGCAUCGUCUCAUUGCUCGCUAUGCUGCGCGCCUUGCAGCAGAGGCAGGCAACUCCACAGUGAGUAGCUCAACACAAUGUCCUCCAACCGAUCUGAGUUUAAACUUCGAUGCCAACAAACAACAGAGGCAGCUAAUAGCAGAACUAGAAAACAAAAACAGGUCCCUCAGAGAGAUCCUUCAGGAGAUCCAGCGGCUGCGUCUGGAGCAUGAGCAGGCCUCCCAGCCCACCCCAGAGAAGGCCCAGCAAAACCCCACACUGCUGGCUGAACUCAGGCUCCUUAGGCACAGGAAGGAUGAGCUGGAGAGGCGCAUGUCGGCCCUACAGGAGAGCAGACGGGAACUGAUGGUCCAGCUGGAGGGACUGAUGAGGUUACUCAAGGAUGAGGAGCAGAAGCAGGCAGCCCAGACAGGAGGCUCGACCCACUCCUCCCCCAGCCACGGGGCAGGCUGCUCCAUGCCCAUGCCCAUCCGCUCCACCUCAGCUGGGUCCACCCCCACCCACACACCCCAGGACUGCCUGGCCGGGGUGGGGGGCGACGUGCUGGAGGCCUUCGCUCAGGGUGUACCUAGAAAUCUUCGUAAUGAUCUGUUGGUCGCUGCAGAUUCAAUCACAAACACCAUGUCAUCACUCGUCAAAGAGCUCCACUCAGUAGAUGAUGCUGCAGAGGAAGAGGACAACCACAUGAGGAACGGAGGACUAAGGGACAGGGCAGAGGAAGAGGACAACCACAUGAGGAACGGAGGACUAAGGGACAGGGCAGAGGAAGAGGACAACCACAUGAGGAACGGAGGACUAAGGGACAGGGCAGAGGAAGAGGACAACCACAUGAGGAACGGAGGACUAAGGGACAGGGCAGAGGAAGAGGACAACCACAUGAGGAACGGAGGACUAAGGGACAGGGCAGAGGAAGAGGACAACCAUAUGAGGAACGGAGGACUAAGGGACAGAGGCACAGGGAGAGCUCUAAAGCAUCAUUGAGGGAACAACAACCUCCCCAAACACCACUCCAUUUAUCUAGACGGGAUGUCAGACUGGAGAAGAAGAAUGAGAAUCAGCCACACCGACCAAACCCUUCUAUCAGGCAUUACCACGUAGAGUAAUGCAUGAUGUUAUCAAACAGGAUUUCACUGUGAACUCUUAUUAAACAUGUUUGUUAAUCCACUAACUAGUCACUCAGUAGUGACAGGAUUUAUUGUCCACGUAAAGCAAAGAGAGGGAGAGCAACUCAGGACAUUAGUUUAAAUUAAUAUUAUUAUUAUUGUGAUCUUUCGUUCAAAAAUGUUGAGUUACAACAUAUUCACCUAUACACCUGUACGUAGGUGACGCCAGGAGGUAGAUACAUAAAAGUUGUGCACAGAUAAGAGUUGCUUUGAUGGCGUUGUUUAGUUAAAAGAAAUUAGGACUGGAACAUGUUAAUAGAUAGGAGCUCAGGGACUGUAGAGGUAGAUGGAAUGCAGUAGUGACUGGCUCAGUCUCAAAUGGCACCCUAUUCCCAACAUAGUGCACUACUUUUGACCAGAGCCCAUCAGCCCAAUGGGUCAAAAAUAGUGCACUAUACAGCCAAUAGGGUGCCAUUUGGGUACAUCCUCAAAAUGUGUGGUCAACUAAUAGGCCCUAAUGGGCUCCAGACCUGCUUGUGUAGGGGUCAGAGGCUGUGUAAUCAUUAGAGAGUCUGGAGGGAGCAGACAGCAACCCUGUGUCUCAAUAAUCUGGCCUUUCUCCUGCAUUUUAAAACAUUGGGUUGGUCUGAGCAUGUUCUAGACUGCCAUAUUUCCUAUACCAGUCCUUUCCUUUUUAAUUCAUCAAGUGAAUAAGUGCACUUCGGGAGAAAGCACAGAUUAUUAGGAGACAGGGCAAGAGGGGUUAACCAGACAGCAAGUCUGGUGUUGGUUUAGAAUAUGGAAUGGUUUAGAGGAGAGAACAGAGGGGAGUGGACUGGAGAAGGAUACUGAUUCAGUUGAAUCAGGAGGAUAUCAGAUCCAAUAAAACACUCUCGUCUUCUGAUAGAUGGACAUUUCUGUUGUUCAGGGUUUGCAUUUAUCUCUGAAAUUAAGCACUGAAAUGAAUAACUAGUUAAUAAAUGUUUGGUUUAGCAAUGUGACACGAUAAACGGGCAGACAGCGAAGAGUAGAGUUUGGUUUGGUUCACGUUAUUACAUGAUAACAUGUUAAUAACAUGUUUAUGAUAACUUGGAAACACUGGUUAAGCAAUGAACUGUACUGAAGUUGUACUUGAGAAACAUUUGGCAUUGAGGUAAUGUGUACAGAACAGUCGGCUAUCCUAUAAACUAAGUACAAGGCCUUAUCAACCUAUUACACUGUGUUGAGUAAUAGGAGAACAAUGAAGUUGCUCCUUCGUAUCCAUUGUCCUAAAUGUGAUGUUUUUAUUUUGUUACUUUUUUUACACGAUCUUAUCAUUCUGGGUGUUAUUUUAGUUUGCUAGUGAAAUUAAAUCGUUGAUAAUGAUUUAUCGAAACGUCGCAUUCAAGUGAGCAUUUGUCUUGAACAUCAGUUUGUUGCCUAAAUGAAGAAGAAGAAGAAGAAGAAGAAGAGUAUAUUAUAUGAAGCGGUGACCAAGAUAACGUACGACACCACACUGUAAAACCUAAAACUAGAAGUUGUAACGAAUACCCAUUUUGUCUUCUAUACUGAGGGUUUGACACUUUCUUUCUUCCGUACAACAACGUAUAUUCAAGAUCUAAAGGAAAUUGAAGUGCUGAGAUAAAACCUUUUGAAAAGUGAGUUAUUGUUUUCCCUCUUCACACCGCUCAUAGAUAGGAAUGCAAUGUUAUGAUUUGAGUUUGUGCCUACUGCCUAGAUGUUUUUUAUAAAGUGCUAUAUAAAGUAAAACCCAUUCAUGCAGAUAUAAGAAUAUCAAUCAGCCUUUUAAGUAGGAGAUUUAGUCUGUCUGUGACCUUAUUGAAAAAUAUGAUGUAUGUAUUGUUGUUCAGGAGGGAUAGUAGUAGACUUGUUCAGCCUUUACAUUUGUGCCAAAAUGUUUGCAGACGUUGUGUGUCAUCAUACAGAUAUAUCUACAUUCUAUAUGUUGAUGUCCAUACUUUAUCAUGAUAUAAUCGGGACCAUACAUUUACUUGGUCUUCCUUCAAAUGUAGAACCUCCAACAGUUCUAGAGCUACAAACUGUUCUAGAGCUAACAACAGUUCUAGAGCUACAAACUGUUCUAGAGCUAACAACAGUUCUAGAGCUACAAACUGUUCUAGAGCUAACAACAGUUCUAGAGCUACAAACUGUUCUAGAGCUAACAACAGUUCUAGAGCUACAAACUGUUCUAGAGCUAACAACAGUUCUAGAGCUACAAACUGUUCUAGAGCUAACAACAGUUCUAGAGCUACAAACUGUUCUAGAGCUAACAACAGUUCUAGAGCUACAAACUGUUCUAGAGCUAACAACAGUUCUAGAGCUACAAACUGUUCUAGAGCUAACAACAGUUCUAGAGCUACAAACUGUUUCUAGAGCUAACAACAGUUCUAGAGCUACAAACUGUUCUAGAGCUAACAACAGUUCUAGAGCUACAAACUGUUCUAGAGCUUCCAACAGUUCUAGAGCUACAAACUGUUCUAGAGCUAACAACAGUUCUAGAGCUACAAACUGUUCUAGAGCUAACAACAGUUCUAGAGCUACCAACCAUUCUAGAAUGAUCUCCUUCUAGCCAACAGAUGUGAUAGAAAUGUACAUACUGCACUUUGUGAUCAUUUUAUUGUUUGCAGAGAGAAAAUGUGUAAAAUGACAAACCACAAGCUUCCCGAAAUGUUAAAUAUUUCUCUGUGUUAUAUACUGUUAUGCUUCUGGUAUUCAUUUGUUUCUCCUGUUAAUUUUAAAAACAUGGUUUUAUGUCACAUGACCACUGUCUUUUGUAAAAUAAAAUGAAUCAAUUGUGAAAUAUAUUAAAAUAUUUAAAAGCUUGA